AUGGAUCCCAUCCCCGCGGGCCGAGACUCCAGCUCCUCUCCGGCGUCCAAGCAAGAACUUUCCUACCCGAACCUGAAGCCCAACCAGGUGGGCGAGACGGUGCUGUACGGAAUACCCAUCGUCUCCCUGGUGAUCGACGGCCAGGAGCGUCUGUGCCUGGCGCAGAUCUCCAACACCUUGCUGAAGAACUACAGCUACAACGAGAUCCACAACCGCCGCGUGGCGCUGGGCAUCACCUGCGUGCAGUGCACCCCCGUGCAGCUGGAGAUCCUCCGGCGGGCGGGCGCCAUGCCCAUCUCGUCCCGGCGGUGCGGCAUGAUCACCAAACGCGAGGCGGAGCGGCUCUGCAAGUCCUUCCUGGGCGCGCACUCGCCGCCGAAGCUACCGGAGAAUUUCGCCUUCGACGUCACCCACGAGUGUGCGUGGGGGAGCCGCGGCAGCUUCAUCCCGGCCCGCUACAACAGCUCCCGGGCCAAGUGCAUCAAAUGCGCCUACUGCAACAUGUACUUCUCCCCCAAUAAGUUCAUAUUCCACUCCCACCGCGCACCCGAGUCCAAAUACACGCAGCCGGACGCGGCCAACUUCAACUCGUGGAGGAGACACCUGAAACUGUCCGACAAGAGCAGCCAGACUGACGUUUUACACGCGUGGGAGGACGUCAAGGCCAUGUUUAACGGCGGGAGCCGCAAGAGGACCAUGCCGGGCGGGGGCUCGCCGCUCAAGUCGCACCAUCACGGGCCGAGUCCGCACCAGGAAGUGCCGGCGAAGAUCCACGGCUCUGAGGAGAACCGGGUCAGCAGCAUUAACAUGACCCCGCGCAGCUACCCGGUCAUCCCGGUACCGAGUAAGGGCUUCGGUAUGCUCCAGAAGAUCCCCCCGCCGCUCUUCCCGCACCCGUACGGCUUCCCGGCCUUCGGCCUGUGCCCGAAAAAGGACGACGGCAUCCUGGGCGAGCAGAGCAAAGCCGGCCUCCUGUGGCCCGGCGCCAAGGACGUCAGCGCCUACCCGUCUUUCCCCGUCUUCUGGCCCGCCGCCGGUGCCUUGCCGAUGCCGCCGUACAAACCCCCGCCCGAGCUCCUGCCCCUCCACAGACACGCGGACGCGGACAUUUCCGACCACGCGUCCAAAGACAGCACGGCGGAGAGCGAGCGCUGCUCCAGCACGCAGUCCGCCCGGAACGAGGACGACAAGUCCGGGGACGAAAGCAACGCGGUCGCGCGGAAGCUCGGCUACGUCUCCGCCUUCCGGCCCGUGGUUAAAGACGCGGACUGCAUCGCCAAAUUAUACGGGAACCGCGGCCCGUACACGCGCUACUUGUCGCCGGACUUUUUAAGCGAGAGCUCCAGCUACCGGUCCGUGUCGCCGUGCGUGGACAGCGACGCGGACGCGGACGCGGACGUGGACGUGGAGAGCGACAAAACGCCGGAGGACGAGGACACCCGCAGGCCGCCGUCCUUGCCGUGUCCCCGGGCCCGGUCUCCUCCCUCGGACGAGUCCCACAAAGUCACGCAGGCCCCACGCGUGGAGCCCCAGUCACGUGACCGAGAAGUGCCGAGCAAACAGUCCGCGGAGAGCCCAUUUAUCCACGAGGGAAUUGAGCCGCAACAAAGGAGCAGUCCGUACCAUUUUAGAGCUGCGAGCUACCAGCCUUUGGGGAUUAUUAUUACCACACAUGAUGAUGCUGCGAGUAAAGAGGAGCCGUCCUCCACCGUGGACGAGGUGGAAAGCAAGUCUUUUAGUGAACAAAGCAGCAGCGAAGAAAACCAACGGGAGCCGAACGACGACGAUGAAGACGCGCCAAGACCUCUGCAAGCAAAAAGAAAUAUUCAGACCCUCGCAAAAGAGGAGCUACAGAAGCAACUCUUAGAGCAGGUUGAGCUGAGGAAAAAGCUGGAACGUGAAUUUCAACAUUUAAAAGAUAACUUUCAGGAUCAGAUGAAAAGAGAACUCUCCUACAGGGAGGAGAUGGUCCAGCAGUUGCACAUCGUUAGAGAAGCUCACGACGCGUUGCACCAUUUCUCCUGCAAGAUGUUAACCCCGCGUCACUGCACGGGGUCGUGCACCUUCAAGUCCCCUCUGCUUCCACCGUGAACUCUCACUUUACUGUGGGGAAAAAAACAAACUUUUCCACUACAACGUGCGAGAAACAGACUCACCGCUCGUGUCAUUUGUCGUAUUUAUCAUUCGAAUGAGGGACAAGCGGUAGGAAAACGGAUGGAUGGAUGUAUUGCAAUAUUCAGCAUUUUGUUUUGAGACCAUUGAUAUUUAUUAUUUGUGGCAACGUGCAAUUGCAAUGUAUUGUAACAGUUAUUAGCGGUUAUUUAUUCCACUCUGUGAUUUUACCUUCAUUUGAAACGUCAUGCACUUUAAAUUCGUAAAAAACACACAAAUAAGUAUUUGAUGUAAUUGUUUGUUGCAGACAUUGUGUUUUUGG